AUUUUACCCUCGAAGUUAGAGCUUAAUUACAAAACUAUACCAUAAAAAAAAGAUCUACUUCUUCUCCCGUCCCCCAUAACGACACUCGCCGCCGUUCUUCAACCUCCGGCUAGCCUCUACCGUACUCCACCGACUUCGGCUCGUGUUAGUGAGGAACAAUGGCGGGAGAAGGUGAGGAAGAUGUGCCUAGAGACGCCAAGAUUGUCAAGUCUCUGCUUAAGUCGAUGGGUGUUGAGGACUACGAGCCUCGUGUUGUUCACCAGUUUCUUGAAAUAUGGUACCGUUACGUGGUCGAUGUGUUGACUGAUGCUCAGGUUUACUCCGAGCAUGCUACCAAGUCCACCAUUGACUCUGACGAUCUGAAGCUAGCUAUUCAUUCCAAAGUUCAUUUCACUUUCCCACAGCCACCUCCAAGAGAAGUACUGCUAGAGCUUGCUGCGAGCAGGAACAAGAUACCUUUGCCUAAAUUGAUAGCAGGACUCGGUGUUCCACUCCCGCCUGAACAGGACACAUUGCUUAACCCAAACUACCAGCUUGUUAUUCCCAAGAAGUCCGCUUCGACUGAACCUGAAGAAACAGAGGAUGACGAUGAUGACAUGACAGAUCCUGCACCACAAACUUCUCAGCAACAACAACCAUCAGACCUUCCAAGCCAAACUCCUCAAAGGAUCUCUUUCCCUCUCUCUAGACGACCCAACAGCUAAGUAGACAGACAUAAACAUCAACAAACUAGUCUUAUGUAGAGAAUGCAAGAGAAUACAACUUUUUGAGUCUUGUUUUGGCUCAACAACAUUUCUGUUUCCAUGUUUUGCUUUAUGUACGGAUACAAAAUGUGAGAGAGAAUCAAAUAUUAAUGACCAGGAGUCAGUUUCUUCGUA